AUGGACGCUCUUAACAUCUUCAAGUUCUGGAGAAACAACCCUUCAACAACAACAACAACCUCAAACAUCACUCUUCCUCAUCUUGUUGUCGAAACCGACACUGAAUCAGACGAAGACGACUCCUUCUUCGAUUUAGAACUCUCCAUAAACGAUGACCCACCACUCAAAACAACAAACAUUACUACCUACGAAACUGUAGUUAAUGUUCCACAUAAAACAACUCUUCCUCUUCCUCUGUCCCCAAACGAACACAUUUCGAAAAGAAAAGUGCUUCCAAUUGAACCUCCUACGAAACCUCAAUCACCCAUUUCGCUUCUCAAAUCAGCACCGAGUUUCAGAAUCUUUACAUUCCGAAAACCAAGAAGAAUACCUUCUGAAAAAACAGAAUGUGAACAGACUCAGACGAAGAAGAAAGAAACCAAGGUCUUCGCGGUGAAAGUUAACAUGGAGGAUUUUCAUUCUACUCCAUCUCUUAGCAGAGACAACAGCACGAGAAGCUUUGCAAGCAAAGCUCGGAGUCAGGGAACAGAGGAACCUAAAACUGAACGCGUUUCGAAAGAGAUUUUGCAGAAGUAUUUGAAGUUGAUUAAGCCUUUGUAUGUUAAGGUUUCGAAGAGGUACAGUGAAAAGGUGAAAUUUCCCGCCGAUCGGAUGACUUUGACGGCUUCGCCGUCUUCGUCACCGGUGGCUCAGAAACAAGGGACUUUUCCGGCGCGGAUGAGGGUGGUUUCUAAGCAUUUCGGUAAGAGUAGGUCGUCGGGUACGGUCGUCGGAGUUAGUUCUCCGGCGAAGAGGAGUGAUGAUACGCUGCUGCAACAACAUGAUGGAAUACAAAGUGCUAUUCUUCACUGCAAGAAAUCGUUUAACUCCAGAGAUUGUUCAAUGGGUGUUUCUGAGGAUAAAUCAAUGUGUUCAACGAGAAGUUCUUUUGAAGAUGAAGAAGUGUGA